UGGUUUACGCCGGGGUCAAAGUUGACAGCAUGCGGAAGUGGUUUCGCUUGUCCGGUCUUUAAUAUUUAUGCUCUUUUUUUUUUUGCGUCCCUCCAAACAAUUCUAUUCAUUUCCACCGAAAGUGUACUGAAAUUGUGACUGGCCGGCUCGGUUCGUCCUAACGACUUGACGCAAAUUACACGGACUCGCUCUCGAGGUCUGUCUGUCCCGACUGUGUGGUCAUCGCCGUCAAAGUCGGCAAAAGAAGAACGGCGAAUAGCUACGGUGGCUGAGAAAGACCAAAACACAUUCAUGUGAAGCAACGACACAACUUUAAGCCACAAAGGACGCGACGACGCAAGUCACGGCGACGGACCAACUCCUUGAACGUGCUUCAGUGAGCACUGACGCUCGGAGCUGCAGGAUCCCUGCUGCAGAACCAUGACCACCAUCGUCCACGACACCACGGAGGCGGUGUGCCUGGCUGCAGACUACAACAUCUACCUGAAGCCCAUUGCCAAGAUGACCGUGAGUGUGACGCUGCCGCAACUGAAGUUGCCCGGAAAGAGCAUCUCCAACUGGGAGGUGAUGGAGAGGGUGAAGGCCAUGGUGGUGCCCGACCAAUUCUCAACACUGCGCAUCUCCAAGAGCACCAUGGACUUCAUUCGCUUUGAGGGAGAAGUGGAGAACAAAACAGUUGUCAAAAGUCUGUUGAAAUGUUUGGAUGGGAAGAGCAUCAAACUGAGUGGAUUUACGGAUGUCUUAAAGGUGCGUGCAGUUGAGAACAAAGUGGACUUCCCUACCAGACACGACUGGGAUUCCUUCUUCCGAGAUGCCAAAGACAUGAAUGAGACUCAGCCAGGAGAGCGUCCUGACACCAUUCACCUGGAAGGUCUGCCCUGUCGCUGGUUCAACCAGAAGCAGAGUAACUUUCCUGACCGGCCCUCUGAGGAGGCCCUCAUCGCUGUGUUCGAAGGCUUCGGCAAGGUGCGGAACGUCGACAUCCCCAUGCUGGAUCCAUACAGGGAGGACAUGUUGGACAAGAACUUUAAUACAUUUAGUUUUGGAGGCCAUCUGAACUUUGAGGCUUAUGUCCAAUACCAAGAAUACGACGGCUUCACCAAGGCCAUGGACACACUGCGCGGAAUGAAGCUGAUGCUGAAAGGUGACGAUGGAAAGGCUGUGGCCUGCAACAUAAAGGUGACCUUCGACACCACCAAGCAUCUCAGCGACUUGGCCAUAAAGAAGCGAAACCUGGAGAGGCUCAAGCUGCAGGAGUUAGAAAAACAGAGAGAGGAGCAGAAGCGACGCAAGAGGGAAGAGGAGGAGCGACGUAAAGAGCAGGAGCGGAAACAGAAAGAGCAGGAAGAAGAGGAGAGGGAGCGCAAGAAGGAGGAGAAGCAGCGGAAACGGGAUCAGAAGCUGCAGGAGAGAGAGGACAGGAGGAACCUCAAGAGAGUGAGGAAGCAGCAGGAGGAGGAGCAGAAGAAGCUUCAAAUGAAGAUCGCCAUGGAGGAGAGGAGGCUUCUUCUCAUCCAGCGGAACCUGGAGUCCAUCCGGAUCAUCGCUGAGCUUUUGGCCAGAGCCAAGGCCGUCAAGCAGCAGCAGCUGGAGAAGGAGCGGGCGGAGCACGAGGCACGGGAAAAGCAGGAGAAGGCCCGACAGGAGGAGGAAGUGGCCCGCCGGCAGCAGCUGGAGGCCUGCCGCCGCAGGCAGCAGGAGGAGCUUCUCAGGGUGGAACUGGAGAAGGAGCGCGCCCUUGACCUCCAGCGGCGGGAAAAGGAGCUGAGAGAGAAAUUGCUCUCCAACAUGUUGAAGAAAAGCUGCGAGAAACCCACAGGAGAUCCUGCAUCGCAGGAUCAGGCUGGCCCUGCAGGGAGCAAGGAGGCCUCUGAUGCGGCGAGGGAGAAUGUCACCCUCGUGGUCCUGGGCCAGGUGAACGGCGUGAAGGCGGCGGAGGGCACGUCCAAAACUGCUGCUCCCGCUGAGAUUCCCAGGAAAAGUAGAGGAACCAAGGAAAAGAAAGGAAGUGACGACGUCAAGAAGAAACGGGAGGAGAAAAAGAAAGAGAAUGUGAGGAGCAGGCUCAGCGAGGAGAACGCGAGACGCCGCGGCGGAGACCGCGGCUCCAGGAGGCGUCACUCCAGCGGCGACAGGAGGAGGAGCACCAGUCGCCACGGGACCUCCAGCCACCGCAGGAGGAGCGACGGGAGGCGGAGCCACAACCACUGCAGCAGGAGCGCCAGCUCCAGCCGGGACAGUAGCCGGAGCAGCGGUGGGAGGAGCUACAGCAGGGGGAGGAGCCGCAGGGACGGCCACCGUAAAUACAGCAGAGGGAGCUCCAGGAGCAGCAGCAGGGGCAGAGACCGGAGUCACUACAGUCGUGGAUACAGGAGGCACAGCUACAGUAGAGACAGGAGUCACUCCAGAAGAUAAAGACUCCAGGUCACGCUACACUUCUGAUUAGUUUUCUUCAUUGUUCACAAUCCUUAUGUAAGACAAGAACACUCUUGAUUUUCGUCUUUUUGCAUUCUAACUCGUAAAUAAAUGCUAGCAAAAGUCAGCUAAUGGAAGUCGCCUAUAAAAACACUGUAAAAA